AUGGAAAUUAUUGAAAAUGUAGUUGUUGAGAGUAGCAACCAGGGCACAGGCAUCGGCACGAGGAUACCUCCUCGACUUGAAGAGGCAGAAAAGCAUGUUACAUACACAGACGAGCAGAUUGAGCUUCUUGAGAAAACUUAUGUUGAGCGUCCAAAUUCAACUCUCUCUCAACGAUCACAGACUGUGCAAGAGCAUCCCAUUCUGAAUGGCAUUGAAAACAGGCAGAUGAAAAUCUGGUUUCAAAACUGCAGAUGCUAUGAAAGAAAGAAGAAAGAGAGAGAGGAAUUUUUGUUAAUAAACCGGAAUUUGAGAGCAAUAAACAAUAUGCUGGUCGAAGAGAAUGAUUUGUUGCAGAAUGAGGUGGCCCAGCAGAUGCAAUUGAGAGAGAACUUGAGAAACCUGUUAAUUGCUACAGCUAGUUUUGCUGACCUGGGACAUGAAACUGACGCCUUUCCUGCUGCUAAUUCAAGGGGCAUUCCCUUACCAGCUGAGGAAACCACCAAUAGGAUCCUGUCUAAAGCUACUGGAACUGUUACCAACUGGAUUGCUGAUCUCCAGCUGAAGCUGCCUGGUGCUGUACAUGGUUUGCAUACUCGCGUGGGGGAAGCUGCACUAUCCGCUGCGGCCCCUUUUGAUCCUAUGGAGAAAGUGGAAAUCCCGAAAGACUGUCCAUCCUGGUUUCCAAAUUGUCGAAAUCUGAAAGUCCUUGACAAGUUUUUGGUGAACAAUGGGACUACAACUGAACCAGUGUACGCUCAGAGGGAUGGGCAGGACACAUGGUUAACUGAUGCAGACUCAUCAAAGUUCCGGUUCUUGAUGUUUAUUUUGGCCAAUCAGUUUUCUUUCAGUAUUCAUCUUUGGGAGAAUGUUACAUCCAUGGGUCAGCCAUACAUCUACCAUGUAAUUUUGUCUCAAAAAAAUAAUUCUCUGGAAGCGACUUCAGGAUCAUAUCUUGUUAUCAACUCCACUGAAGCAAACCCGGCCAUGGGAUCCAUGUUCUCUCCCGACUCAGUACAUGCUGCCAACCUUGCUUAUUGGAUUGGCCAAAGUUACAGAUCAAGUUUAGGUGUGGAGUGUCUCAGCUUCAACUGCCGGAGCAGCGACUCUUUGUUGGACUUAAGCUCAGUUACGGGCUGUCCUCAUUUUCUGCAGGUAACUGCGUCAUGGACAGGUCGUUGUGCUGAGAGUCGACAAGCGGGACGGUCCUGUUCAGUGAGUUGCCUUGGGCACUUAUCAACUAGCCCUUCAUCUAAGUUAUGUUGA